CACAAGCGAAAAAAGACUUCAAAGUAUUAAGCGAAAGAAGAAUCUAAGCGAAAAAAGACUCCAAGGUAUUUCUAGCACAAGCGAAAGAAGACUUCAAGAAAUUAUGGAACAAGUGAAAGAAGAAUUCAAGAAAUUUCUGGCACAAGCAAAAAAAACUUUAAA